UGUUGAAAAGAGUAGUGGAGGCGUACGAACACAUGAGGAAGAGUGCGUUUUUAACCAGUUCAUUCGUGUCAAGACAGAGACAGAAAGAGAGAGAUAGAGAAAAAGGAAGUAGGGAGAGAGAGACAUACAACGAUAAUAUUGAUACAUAUGUAAAGUGCGAGCGCUUCGGGUAUUCAACUGUUAUAUUCUGUAAAGUUGUCCAGCUGUUGUUUUCUAUCGGAUUUAAGUUUGGCUUGAUUAAUUACGGCCGGUUGUGUCAAGUGCCGAGGAAAAUAAUUCCUAAGCAGCGACUAUAUGUAAGAACACCUGUGCGUGGUAAUCAAUCGAUCGAUUCGAAAAGUGCAACCACGAUUGUCAAAUAGCUACACGGCGAUCGAGAAAAAUCUAAGAAUGGAUUAUUCACACUUCAUGACGGAGGUGUCCAAACGCAGGCGACCUGCCACGACGCGGGAGCUGACGAAAAUAGCAUAUUCCGCGCCGAAAAGCACCGUCUCCUUGGCGGAGGGUAUGCCCAACGAGAAAACGUUUCCGUUCACGGAAAUCUCGGUUAAGCUCUACGAUGGCACGUCCUUCAUUCUCGACGAGAAAGAAUUAGCUGCCGCUCUGCAGUACAUACCUACGCAAGGUUAUCCUCCCCUCGUGCAGGCCCUCCGGGAAUACCAGAGAAGGGCACACGCGCCGCCCUUAUGGGAGAGCCGUGACAUAGUCGUCGUUUCGGGGGCUCAGGACGGCCUGAGCAAGAUUCUGGAGGCUGUAAUCGGCACUGGUGAUCCGAUUUUGGUCCCCAAUCCUUUGUAUCCUGGCGUCGAAGUUGUGGUGGCGCCCCAUCAAGCAGAACUCAUAGCUAUCUCUCAAGACGACGACGGUCCUGUUCCGAAAGCGCUCAGGGAGACCCUAAGGGACCGGCAGCUGUCCGGCGAGAAAAUGCCGAAGAUAAUGUAUAUAAAUCCCACGGGCACGAACCCGACUGGCAUCAUUAUACCUCUGGAGAGACGAAAGGAGAUCUACAGUAUAGCCUGCGAGUACAACUUCUUGAUUGUCGAUGACGACCCUUAUCAUUUCAUGCAUUUCGAUAAGGAGGAGCCUCGGUCCUUUCUGUCGCUCGACACGGAAGGUCGGGUGAUCAGGUUGGACUCGUUCUCGAAGGUGAUCAGCAGCGGCAUUCGAGUGGGCUUCGUGACCGCCGCAGCUCCGCUGAUAGCCAGCGUGGAGCUUCACCUGCAGAGCAGUCACCUCCACGCGCCUACCUUAUCGCAGGUGAUAUUUUAUAAGCUGCUGAAGAUGUGGGGUUACGAUGGUAUGCUGGCGCAUUACAUGAGACUGAGAUGCUUCUACAAGGAGCGAAGGGACGUUAUCGCGGCGUUGGCGCACAAACAUUUGAACGGUCUGGUGGACUUUAACGUGCCGAAAGGCGGUUUCUUCUUGUGGAUAAAAGUACGUGGAAUUGAAAACACGUGGAAGAUGAUGAUGCAGCGUGGCGUCACCGAGGGUGUCAUUAUGGCACCGGGGGCCGCGUUCAUGAUGGAUACCACGAAACCCUGCAACGCCAUCAGGGCGAGUUUCGCUAAGGCUUCUUACGAGGAGAUGGAUCUGGCGAUGGAGCGAUUGGCGCAAUUGAUCAGAGCAGAGUUAGACAAGAAUUACACGAUCGAGAAUGUAGACGCGCGAUAACGCGAGUAAUGCCGUCAACAAUUGCACGAUGCAGUCGAUAUCGAGACAACCACCGAGUUUCAGUCGGUAUUAAAUAAGGGGUGGAGGGUUGAAAAGCUAUUACUGUACGAGUAAAUUGCGUGGAACGAUAAAACUAAGGACGUACCAUAUAUUGAUAGGAUUAGAUUAGUUAAGAUCAAACAGACAACAUGAUGCAUUUUCGGCUAAGCGACAAGCGGUAUUGGAGACAAGAAUCGACGUCCGGAUAAUCAUUUGCGAGAACAUCCAGCAUAAUCAAUAAUGUCUAAUAUAUUUCUCACAAUUACUUAGUGUCUAAUAAAUUAUUAGUAAUAAUAUGUAUAUUAGGCGUCUACGGAUAGGAUCGCUAUUCGAUAGAGAAACGAGGCGGCAAUCGAUUUGAUCUUUCGUUAUAUAUUUAUUAUCUCUAAGACUGAGGAUAAUUAGCUUAAGCAUUUGCGUUAUUUUCUACGCAACACUCGCAUACUAUUUGUCACGCGUGUGUUUGUUACGAAUCGCCUAACCUAUUUGCAUUUGUUACGAAUCGCGAAACCUGUCCUAUUUGGAUUCUCUCUCUCUCUCUUUCUCUCUCCCGUAUAAUUAAACGGACUUUCAUUUCUCAGUAACAGGUACGAUGGAAAUCUACUCGAACCGUUAUUUAAAUGUGUUGCCGAAAAAUAAGAGGUUUGUUUGACUUGCUGUCAAGUCGAACUAUUUGAGAAUGAAAGUCCUGAUUCCCGUCAUUAAGUCGCCUCCUUAAAGAUAAAAAGGUUACCUGGUUUCUGCUGUUGGCCGUACAAGUGAAAAUAAACGUCCUUGUAGUUUA